AUGCGCUGGCUUUUUGUACUGUCGGCCGUCGCGGCUACGGUAGCAGCCCUCCAGCCGAAGAACGAGAAAACACAGGAUACGGCCCUUGAACAUAUUGUUCAUUCGCUACGGGAUGAGCCACUAGCUGAAUCUUUCUGUCGCGAUCUCAUUCAUAUCCCAACCGAAGUCGUAACGCAAACUCACACUACCUUCACCAAGACCGUAACAGAUCAUAUUCAAGGCUCAACGCCCAGUACAACAACAUCUACGCUUCUGAAAUAUACCACCAACACGGAAACCAGUUAUGUCACUGCAACUGUGACUAAUCCUGUCAUUCAUACAAUUUCCAAUAACGAAUAUACGACACUCGUCGAUGCCUCGACGCAAAUUCUUACCGAUGUAGUAUAUACUACAGCCACAAGAUAUUUGACCACCUCUCUCGUGGGGACCAAAUCGCAAACAAUCUUUGACGUCGUUGCUAUCACCGUCGCUGAUUCUGUCACCGACACCCAAACCCAAACAUACAUCAACACCAUCACGGAUUUCUCAACUACAUUCUUUACGGAUUACUUUACCGCAUUUGUCACCGAUUUUGUCACCGACACUUCCACCGAUCUUUCCACGAAGACAAUCACCAACUAUCAUACAAAUUCUGUCACGCUGUUCUUCACUGAGACUGCUAGCGCCACAGUCACUGACACAACUUCUACCACAACUACUACAAACGUAGAUGUCACUGCUACUGAAACGUUGGCGCCUACCGUUCUCCAGACUGAGGUUGACCCCACAACCAAUGUUCAUCUGGCUACUGAAACGGCCUUUAGAACCGCCACCGUCACCACAGUGACCACGGAUGGUACUACCUUCACAACAACUGCUAUCGUGACUGCAAUUCCUGUGGCUCGUCGAGACCAUCAUGACGAGGGAUGUCCUGCUAUUAAGUCAGCCAUCACAACACCUCCAAGCCUAAGGGGGUAUGCACCAAACUAUUUGUCCCGGGCAUGUUCUGAGUUGAGCCUAAAUUGCUCAACAUCUACAUCUACGUUCACAAAGUCGACUGUUCUCCACACAACAGCAACAGAUGUCCCUGUCUCGACGGUUCAUGUCACUGAAUACUUGGCUGCUACAAGUACAGCUGUUGAUACAGCUUUCGUUACUGUUGAUGUGACUGAGACUACCACCGUGAAUUCCGAAUCUUCUAUUACCAACACCUUGAUUGUCACAGAAACCGACGUUGUGACGGUGACAAUUACUGAGGAUGACACUGUCACCUUGACCGAUUUUAUCACGGCAGACAUCACUAGUGAUAUUUUCUCAUUCACAGCCUUGUAUGCAACAAUUGAUGAGACAGCCACUGUCACUCAGGACGUAACCGCAGACCUAACUGCUACUGCAACGAGCGACAUCACAUUGACCGAUUACACCACGCAAAACAUUGUUGCAACAAUCAGCCAGGAAACUACCCAAACAGCCGAUAUAAGUGUCACCGAGACUGCGUCCGCAACAGUCACAGUCGCUGAAACUACAACAGUUAGCGUGACUGGUGUUACUACCGUGACCUCCACAUCAUCUGUGACCGUCACUGUCACUUCACCGAUAACCCUUGGAACAACUGUUCAAAGCAUCGUUGACUUCACAAGCACUAUCUCCACGACCGCCACCGUUGACGUUACUGUCACGCAAACGAUUUCGACAACCACAACUACUACUUUGACCUCGACUACAACUGUUGCUGCAACACCAACAUGCAACGUUAACCUUGUGCAGAACUCCAACUUUGAUGGGGGAGACUCAACCGGGGCAUCAGGGGGCUCUAUCAGUUCAUGGACCUUUGGCGCCACCGGAGCGGGAAGAAUGAGAUAUGUCGCAGGAUAUGAUACUACCUAUGCCCUCAACCUCUACAGCUCUGCAGCUGGCUCAAGCACUGCACGCGUGUCCCAGGCUUUAAAGACCGUCGUUGGCAAAACCUACUCGUAUUCCUUCUAUUACUUAGUAAUCGGAGGAAACGCGGUUUCCACGGUGCAAUGUUCGGUCGACAAUUCGAUUGCCACUAGUGCUACGAUCAGUAUUGGCGCCGCAUACAAGAAUGCUUGGAGACAAAUGUCCUUUAGUUUUGUCGCUACAUCAGCAGCGACUACCAUGAGCUGCAAACUUACGACUUCUACCAUCACAAGCGUGUAUCUGGCCGAUUUCACGGUGCUGACGACACAGUGUUAA